AUGACAUUAGCUUAAGAAUAAUUUGGAAUAGUAAGUGAAAAAUAAUUAUCAGAUUUAAUUUGGAUUAAAAUAGUAAAAGAUGAUGGUACUUUUAGUAAAUAUACCUUCAAUAUAGCAACUUAUACGGAUGUCUAUAAUUAAACAUUUAAUAAAGAUUAGAUCAUGUGUUGCUCCUUAUUUUCCAAAUAAAUAUUUUUAUAGGACUAGCAAGUGUGGAUUGUACUUUAAGUGCAAUAUCUGGAAUUGGAUUUUGCUAUUGGGAAACGUAUUUUAUGACAUAAUUUUAAAUAAUAGAACUUGUCAAAUUACAUGUUAUAUGAUAGAUGAGGUGGCUGCAUGUAAAACAGGUUCUGUAUUAUCUACUGAAAGUGCAUCUACUCUUUGUGAUUCAUUGAAACAUCCAAUUUAUAAUAUGAUAAUGUUUGUUGUGACAAAUCAGAAGGAAAACUGA